AUGUGGAAUGACAUUGAACUUCUCACAAACGAUGACACGGGUAGUGGUCGGCUAAAUUUUGAGGCCAGAAAAGAGAGUGGUACAGCGCUUUAUCAAGUCGAUACUAUCGCUAAAAUAUCCUCUUUGGUGUCGGUGUCGGUCAGUCCCAGACUUUAUGCCUAUAGCAAUUCUGAUGGCUGUGUUGUGGUGGUGGACCAAUCAGUAUUAAUUAUGGACCAGAUUUGUCAGUCAGUGGUGCUGCAGCUUCAAUUUGAAACUGAAGUGGAUGUGGUGGCACUUUGUCAGGAAGGACAGUUUCUGAUGGUUGGAGAAAGAAAUGGAAAUCUUCAUCUACUGCAUGUAAAGUCCAGACAAACCUUAUUAACUAAUUCAUUGAUGAAGAACUCUUCAAAAGGAAAGACUUACCUAAGCCUUACUUUGGAGGAGGAAGUCCCUCAAUCAGGCACUUACUGUGUGGUUCUGCUAACCAACAGUGGUUUCUUCUGGGUUUCAUGUCUUCAGCUUGCUAGACUUCAGAAAGCAAUUGAAACAAAGGACUUCAAUACAAUAAAAAUGCUGAAAGAACAAAUGAAGAUCAGAUUUGUGCAGGCUGAAGAUAAACACACAGCUGGCUGUAACCAUGCAGUGAUCGCUGGUUUGCAAAGUAACAUUAAACUGCUUGUUGGUGGUAUCGGUGACAGUGUAUUAUCAACAUGGAAUGUGAAUAACGUCAAGGAACUGGAGGCCGGUAAUGUAGUUGAUUCAUCCAUAGUGAAAGGUGUUAAGAAGUGUCAAAUUAUUGGGAAUACAAUAUUUAUCCUGGACGAUAAUUAUUUCCUCAGUACAUGGGAUGCUUAUGCUCUUGUCAUGGUCUGGUACUGGCCCUUUGUUGAAAUUCAGGAUUUUUUGGUGACUGCAGAGGGUGAUUCUUCUUCCAUUUCCAAGCAAAGCAUUGCUAACUUGAAACUUGUGGCUUUGACAGUCGCAGUGAACAAUGAGAUGAGAAAUCUCUUGGUGUAUUCUUUUCCUACGAUGAAACUCCUGUACUCAUUGGAAGUGGCAAAUGUUUCAGCUCUGGUUCAAACAGAUAUUGGUCAGGAUACCAUAUAUAUUUUGGAAGGACUUUAUGAAAAUCAGAAAAGGAGCUGUAGUUCACCCAAAGGAGUCAUUUCUACAGUUGCGAUGAGAUGUUUAACAGAAGCAUUGCCAGAAAACAGAUUCAGUCGCCUGCUUUACAAGCAUAAAUUCGAGGAAGCAGAGAAAUUUGCUCUACAGUUUGGUUUGGAUGUUGAACUUGUGUACAAAGUCAGGCUUAAUAUAACUCUGGAGAACCUAGCAUCAACUUCAGAAGAUCCCAAUCCAGCAUUAUGGCGGAACAUCGUUGAAGAGGCAAAAGCAGAUUUACACAAAAUACAGGAUGAUCAAUUUGUUGUGAAAUAUUGUAUGGAUGUUCCUUGGCCAUCUUUCGAAACCACAUUGGAAAUGUUAAAUUAUGCCAAAAAACGGAGUCUAAAGAAAGAAGGUAACAAAUCUGUCCAUUUGACUGGGGAGCAAGCUUUGUGGCUGGUGGAGGUUUUGAGAGCAGAAGCAAGGCUUACUACUUUUCACGCAGCAUUUGGACCCGAGAAGUUCAGUGGCAUUGCUUGGAACAAGUUUGUAAACAAUGAAGAUCUUUUUAAUGAUGUACUGUUGCAGCUGCAAGAGGGAAACCAGAAAUGUGCAGAGCAUAUUUGGUUAAGACACCAGGUGGAGUUUGAAAACAAGUUUGAUUUAAAAAGACUGGAGAGUUUGCUUGAUUCUAUUCCUGCAAGCACCCCUUCAGAAGAGCUGUGCCUCUGGCUGGGUAACGUCAUCAUUCCCUUUGUUUUAAGGAUUGUUCCUGAAGGCAAGAAAAUUCUGGUAAGGUGGUUGGAACAUAGAGCCCGCAGUCUUGAGCUAACUGAGAAGGCAAACUGGCCAGAAAAUGGAUUGCAAAUGGCAGAGCUGUACUUUGAAGUGAAGAAACCAAAUGAAUUAGGACUUGUCACAGCUGGACUUUGGAUUCCUUUAAAGGAAAAUAUUGAUUGUGAGGAGGUGCAUCAGUUAAGGACAUUGGUCAAUCAUUUGCAAGAACUAGUUGACCUCCACAGAAAGUACAACUGUAUGCUGGCACUCUCAGAGUUUGAAAAGGAAACUACAGCAACAAUUGUAUUUCGGAUGUUGGAUAGAGUUCUGGCUCCAGAGCUCAUUCCAUUGACUCUUGAAAAGAUUAUACAGCCGUACAUAACCAAGCAUAAUUUACAGAAGGAAGAAUUGCUGCUGCAUUACAUAAAGGAUUUACUGGAACGAUGUAGCUCACGAUCAGCUUCUCUUUUUGAAACUGCAUGGGAGGCCAAAGCUAUAGCUGUACUUGGUUGUAUGACAGACACUGAUUUGAUUUUUGAUGCAGUACUUCAGAUAAUGUAUGGAGCAGUUGUGCCCUGGAGCGAUACUGUAGAACAGCUUGUCAAACAACAUUUGGAAAAGAAUCAUCCUAAGGUGAAAUUGCUGCAAGAAAGCUACAGGCUUAUGGAGAUGAAGAAAUUAUUAAGAGGAUAUGGAAUACGGAACUUUGACAUGUUUAGUAACCACAAAAUAAUGUGGCUGAUAAAGUUCAUCUUGAAACAAGACCUGCCAUCGUCGUUGGAUGAUGCUUUGAAGGUAGUUCAUGCACACAAACUAAACCCAGUUGAAGUUUACUUUCUUCAUACAAAGCAUCUGAUAUUGAACAACAAGGCAGAUGACUGCCUCAAUUUGCUGAAGUCUCUUGCAUUGAAGGAAGCUGAGACUGCUGUAAUGCGUUUAAGCAUUUGGGCACAGCUGGAAAUUGAAAACUAUCCUGAUAAUCCUGAGUUGGAAAAGCAUCUGGUGUUGGUUGCAAAAUCAGUAGUGGAGAUUAUUAAAUUUUUACAAAGGAAUCAAAAGGACAACACUUUACAAAAGGAAGAAAUUGAAAACCUCUUAAAUAAAUUUGAAGCAUUUGUGGAUUUUCAGGAAUAUUUUGAGGGAUUCAUUUCACUGAAGGAUUGCGAAGAUCCAAAAAUGCUAUUGCAGUUGUUCAACGGACAAAUUCAAGCUUAUUCAAGUACUUGGUCUAAUUCAAACACAAGAAGAGAUGUAGAUCAUGACACCAGAUCAAGCAUCAAUGCAAAGACUUCUAGAGAAAUGAAGCUUCAUAAACUAUCCCUCCUAUUUCAAAGCUCAAAGCAAGAGGUGGUAUCAGAGCUUGCUAUGAGGUCACUUGAUAGUGGGAAUAUAAAUCAGGCUGUAAAAAUUUGCAGUGAACUUUAUAAAGAGCACAAAUCUGUUCAGACUGGCCAAGUAUUAUUUCAUGUGGCACAGAAAAUGUGUCACAUGUUGGAAGCAAAUGUUCCGAUGAUAGUUCCAACUGGAAUGAACUUGCCUGCUGUUAUUUAUGAAUUAGCUUGCCAAGCUGUCACUAUUUGCAGCACAGACCUUGUACUUGACUGUGAAGAGUUGUGUAAAAGCACACGUGCUGCUCUGGAAGUGUACCAACAAUGCGUAAUUGAUGAUUACGGAUUUGAAACAAAAGUGUCAUCUUUGGAAACUAACAAAGAUCCUUAUGAUGAAUGGACUUUUGAAGAUUUCUUCAAAGAGGACGGCAUUGUGCUCGAUCGAGCAUCAGUAAUGCCUGUAAUGUAUGAACUUGCAACUGCCUUGGUACCAUUGUCUCCAGAUAUAAAACUGCAUCCGUUGGAUUGUGUAUGCUUGCCGAUGAGCCCAGAUAUGGAAGGCCAGAACCCUUUGAAGCGGAUUCAUACACCCAUGACCAACCUACUACCAAAUUUGCUGGAGUAUAGCCAGUUACAACUAGCUCUGCAGUUGAUCAUUAACUCUUUUGGAAGCUGCCAUCAACAUUUUGUUUCCAACAAUAUGAAUUCAGAGCUGAGUAAAAAGCUUCAUGACGACCAAUGCUCAAAAGAAGUAAAAGAUUUUGUUGUUGAUAUUGGAAAUGUAGCUUUUUCGAUUGUCACAAAGAAUUCUCAAGCUUUGCUGCACAAGGUAUUCAACUGUCGUGUGGUUGACACUGAUUUAGCGUUGGCUUACUGCACAUUAUUGCCGAGACAGAUUGUGUUUGAGAAGUUGUGGAAUAUCAUCAACGAUUCGUGGCAGAAUUAUAAUAAAAUUCUGGCAGUUGCUGUUGUUGGUGCUCAGCUGGCUAAUUUGCAUCAGGAAGAGGAGCAAAAACAGAAGUUCAAUUCCUUGAUUGUUGAUACAGAGUGGGGUUUGAAACUCAGUAAACUUGGUAUCUUGUUUCAAUCAGCAUUUAGGGAGAAUCCGGGAAAGAAAAAGGAAUGUAUUCUUAUUUUGGUGCAGAAUCCGAAUGUGGACUCCAAACUGAUAAUGCAAUACUGCAAGGCUUUUGGGUUGAACAGUGAUGUUGCACUACAGUUGUAUAUAGAGACGUUGCUUUUACGUGGUACAAGUGCCCAUCAUGAUGAAGGAGAACCAUGUGAUAUAAAGCAGUUUCAAGCUAAUGAUUUGGAAAGAGCAGUAGAAGUAAUGCCUUUAUUGAAAAAUAAAACUGACCUGGUUAUUAGUUUGAGUUGUGCUUUAUACAAGAUGGAUCCAUAUGACUAUGAAAUCAUUGAAAGUGCCUUAAAAAUUAUAAAAUUAUCAAAUGAAACAACCAUCAAUUUCAACUUGGAUCAGGCUUUAAGUCUCUUGCAACAUUUGUACUCCUAUAAACGAAUUUCACCACCUGGGGAUUUUGAACUUCAGUAUCUCCGGAAAUAUUCCAUUGAUCUUUCAUCAAUGGCUGAGAGUAGGCUGCCCUUCCACAUACUCUUCUUUGAAAACAAGCAAAGGUUUUGGAAUGUGAUAUCUGCAGAACUAAGUGAGGAGACUUUUUCAACAUUGCUGUUGAUAUCUAAACUGAUGAAGGUUUCUUUGGAUACACUUUAUAUGAAAGCUGUUAACCAUGUGCUGACAAAAACUCUGAAACCUAAAGUACAUAAGCUGGCAAAAGAGGGAUGUGUUUCACUGAUAUCGAAGGAAAUAUCUGAGACGGUGCACAACAUACAGUCUUACAUCUUGGCAAUCACAAAUCCUGAAUGGGCUACUGCCAGUUCCCAUCGAGUUGCUCAGGAACUUCCAACCGGACAUGAUAAAAUCCAAGCCUUGAAAUUUUGCCUACAGAUGUCUGAAAACUGGUUAAAAUCCACAGCACCAGGGGAUAAUGCUCAUCAAAAAGCAGAGGACUCACUAAAUAAAUUACGAAUAGAGUAUGAGAAUUCAGCAACAGCAAAUCUACUGAGAAUCCACAAUUUAAACUCCCCUGAAUACUUGAGAUUCAUUAAACUGCCAGCUAAACUGAUAUGCUCAUUGUAUGAGCACAGCAGCAUUGAAGAUCGAUUAAAGCACCCUACUGCCAGAGAUUACCCAGAUAUUCAUUCUGCAACUAGCGAACUGGCAGAAAUAAACAACAGAGAUAUAAAUAAAAUCAGAUAUGCAUUGCUGGAAGAAUAUUUAUGUUCUCCCACUCACCCAGAUUUGGACAAAAAGUCACAAGAGAUAUUCAAUAAUAUACAAGAUGAUCUGGCACUGAUGAGAGCUAUCUACCUACUUCAAGCAUACCCAGUAGACCAUAGUGCAAAGUUACUCUUUGCUGUUGCUACAGGUUCAUCUUCUCCUUUCAGUGGUGCUCAAAUAACAUUUGCCCAUAGACGCCGUGCUUUGCAGUGUCUUCUUCAUGUUGCAGACAGUGAGACCAUAUUAAAUGUCAGUCAGAAAUCCAUUCAACAAGUCAAGCUUUACUUGAAGUAUUGCAUUUAUUUGGCUGAAUUUGAAAUCUUGAAUAUACCAUACACUGUUGAAUCGUUCCACAGCAGUCCCAAGGAAGGCAUGAUCAAAGGUUUAUGGAAGAACCACAACCACGAGCCAAAAGCUGUUAGAUUGAUUACUGAAUUGAGCUUGGAGUACAAGGUGUAUGACCCACAGCUAUGGAAUGGAAUACUUCAGAAAUUACUGGCUUUUAAUAUGACUAACUACUUGAGCAAAGUUUUAUUAGCACUUACUGCAUUACACUCUCUGUGGCAGAUCCCCAAUUUUACCAGGGCAUGGCGCAAUGUGAUACUUGCACCUUUCCUUUCAGCCUCGUGUCCACCAAACCCAAAACAAUUGAAGGCUUGUUAUGAUUCAUUUGUACUCUUGAUCAAGUGCCCUGUUGUUACUGAUCUUGAUCUGAUUGGCAUUGCAAAACAAUACAUUCAGCUGGAGUUGUCAGCCUUUGCUCUAGGUUGUUUGCUACUUAUCCCUUAUUCUGAAGAAAAGAAACAACGAAUACAGGGAUUUCUUUUGUCAGCUGAUUCUAUGAGCCUCUUGCAGCAAGUUGUUGAUCACAUGACGACUGGAGAGGUUGCAGGAUAUGCAUCAAAGAUUAAGGAGUUGGUAUUAGGCAGCAUUGCAGACAAGAAACAAUACGAGAUGCUUAUUGGAUCAAAAUUCUUUCCCUUUCUGAAGCAAUACAUGAUUGAACACAAUCGUCUGAAGGAGCUGGUGAAUUACCUUGUAAAUAGGAGUUGCCUCGAUGAAGCCAUCUCUGUGGUAACUGACUACCUAAAGCAAGAAGGAAGACCCAUCAAAUCAGUUAUUUCUCUUGAUUUUUUAAAGGAGUUUCUUGAUGAUCAGAAGUAGAAUAACCAACAUCAUCAACAGUCCAAUGGUAUUUUCUAAUAAGAAUAGCUUCCAUGGCUUUUAUGUGGGGCUAAAAUACGUUGCUAGUAAUUUUAAUCUAGUGUUUUUUUACAUACAAUGACGUUCUUGUACAUGUUAUGCUUGGCAAUUAGGUCUUUUCUGAAGUAGUUUCACUUCAGGAUAGAAAAUAUUAAGACAUACAUGAAGAGGGCUAUCAAGUGAUAUCCAAGGAAGUAUGCUGACAAUAGGAAGUUAAAUGCACUGACUAGUAUGAUGAUGGACUAUUCAGAAUGUAUAGGUCAGAAAUGUACUCGUGUUCUAUGGAUUUUAAUAUUUCUAGCUGGGCGGUUGUGUCAGUAGUGCAUAACUUUACUGUUAUCUGAUGACCUGAAAUUUUUUCCUUUAUAGAGUAAUUCUUUUUUUUUUCUGCAUAACAACCUCUUUCCCACAGUAAGGAGACGAACAUCAAACAAAACUCUUGUUUCUGAUUAGAAUCAAGAGAAACUGCCUGAAAGAUGUGGAAUGUUUGCCUGUUUUAUGUGGUCACAGAUCCUGGAUUGAUUCCCAGAACUUGGGAUUUAACAAAUAAGCAUCUGGAUUAACGUGCUUCUAUUUCAUUAAUUUAGAUUGAAAUAUUUCAUUAGAUCAAAAUUUAUAUUAUAGAAUUAAUGUUUUCAUAUCCACCAAUAUUUUCAGUAAGCCAUUUGUAAUGUGAAUUUCUGUUGACAUAUAAUUGCAGCUAAUGACAAAAGUAUGUACAAUAGUUGUCAAAUACACUAUCUAGUAUGUGGGGAAAAAACAAGGUUAAUUUGACAAAUUAUGUAACUAUACAUAUGUAAUAUUUGCGAAAUAUACCAUUUGGUAUGUGGAAAAGAACUAGUGACAAAAUUAGAAACAAAACCUUUUUUCUCUACACUUUAUUUAAAAGAUAGUUAUCCUCAUAUAGAAUUUCUAGCAGCCCCUUCAUACACUAAGGACAUAACAAUAGAAAUAUUCAACUUUACUGUAUUUAUUGCUGAGUUGCAGUCAAGCUAUUUGCAUUGUUAAAACUGAUUACACAAAUAUCAGUAAAAAUGAAUGUUAUUGUUCUUGAUAAGCAUUUUUGUAAAUAAACUUUUGGUGUCAAGCUUCAUAAAACGUUUAACAAGCAGGAAUUAAAAUCCACUGUUUAAAAUCCACUGCUUACACUGUUUGAACUUUGCAGUAGCAAUAAGUUAGAAAUUAAUUAUUAAUAUUGUUUAAAUGUCAUAGCACAAUCGUGAAAAAUUAAACUUGUAUAUAAAAGCUUUAAGAUUGUUAUCUUUAGUUUGGGAUUUUCAUUUUCUACUUUAUUAACCAAAUAUGCACAUAUUCUUGAAAGAAAGCAUAUCACAAAAACAAUCAGUACUACAAAUUUGACAUGUUUUUAAAUGCAAACAUUUGAGGAGUUUGUUAUGUCCAAAGAAGAUGAGAGACAUAUUAUGUAACAGGAACUGGAACUUUCCUGAACACCUAUUAAUCUGU